AUGUUGAACCAAACAGAAGAAACUAUUGAUAAGCUGUACAGGCAGCUAUUUGUUGUCCAACCUCUCAAUCUCUGCUUCCCCUUCGAGCCAGAUAAGCUGAUUCCAUGCCCAGUGCAGCUAACCAACAACGCAUAUCAUAAUAUUGCCUACAGGAUUCAGCCAAAUACCCCAGAUAUCUUCGUCGGUUCACUCAAUGGCACUGUACCUGCAAGAUCCACUCAGACUUACAUUCUGACGAUGCAAAAGCAACAGAAACCACCCCCAAACCUGAGCACAAUUCACAUCCAGAGCAAUGCAGCCAACUUGGACUUCUGGUUGAACUUUGACUACAUGUUUAACAAAGCAGAAGCAGUUCAUGAUGUGUUGAAACAGGUGAAGAUAACGAGCCUUCAUGAGUGUGCAAGCCAGCAAGCAUUCAAGGUAUUAUCCCUCAAUCAUACUUAUCGCAUAGACAUCCAUCCAUUGGAGCCAUGGGUUCUAAUAGUAUCUGGUGAGCAUGAGGCACGUGGCAUUGAAAUUUGGAACUGCAGGACCAGGGAUAGAUCUAGCUUCGCCUUCACCUUCUACUCUGGUAGCAACAGCUCUGGCUCCACCAACUCAAAACCAAUUAACAAAGAGGAGGAGCCGUCGAAGUUUGGUUUUUUAGACUUCACUCACUCCUACAAAGUAGGAAGAUAUACGGUUAUACGAAGGCGGAGGCGGCCUCGGUCGCGACAUGCUCGGGCGCGGAGGCAGGAAGUUAGAGAUGGGGUGGUCGCUGCUGACCCUCGGCCCUUCCUCUCCGUCGUCAACAAGAAGCAGUGGGGGAGGACGCGAGUGGAUCUCGCCGUUGCCGGAGAUGGAAGAGGAGUUGCCGAGAAGGGAGCUCGAUUGCAGCCAUGGGGGAGCUCGCGACGCCGUCCAUGGUGGAUCUCGCGCCGUCGGCCAUGGGGAGAGGAAGAGGAGCUCGUGCCACCGUCCAUGGUGGAUCUCGCCACUGGCGGAGAUGGAAGAGGAGCUGCCGAGAAGGGAGCUCGAUUGCGGCCAUGGGGGAGCUCACGAUGCCGUCCAUGGUGGAUCUCACGCCGCCGGCCAUGGGGAAGGAAGAGCAGCUCGUGCCGCCGUCCAUGGUGGAGCUCGCGCCGCCCCAUGCUUGGGAGGAAGAGGAGCUCGCGCCGCCGUCCAUGGGGGGAGGAAGAGGAGCUCGCGCUGCCGUCCUUGGUGGAGCUCGCGCCGCCGGCCAUAGGGAGGAAGAGGAGCUUGCGCCGCUAUCCAUGGGGAAGAGGAAGAGGAGCUCGCGCGCGUCAUCCAUGGUGGAUCUCGCGCCGCCGGCCAUGGUAG